AUGUACAAGCAGAAGAUUGCUGCGUCUUCUUUACUUUACAAGCGACAAAGCGGUGUUUCCGCUUCGGAGACUAAAAGGUUGAAGCAAUCCAAAAACGUCGUCACCCUUAUGUGCGACAGCACGUGGUUGAGUGAAAGUUUUGUAUUGGCGAAGGAAAAGGCUGCUGCUAUUGCUUUAAAAACCGAGUGUUCGUUCGAUUUGUCUGUGGCAUCGGUGAAAGGACCCAAUGAAGCUAUUGUCAAAGCCCUCAGUUCCAUCUAUCAGUUGAUUAAAGAGCCGGUUUUCUUCGAUAGAUUUGACGAAAGAAAUUCGAUCAACAACACUUCCCUAAAAUUUUUGAUGGCGAAGAAACAUUUUGACAAGCGAUUCUCCACAGGGGAAACUAUGAUCAAAAACUUGAAACUGCUCUACGAAAAUGAGCAAUUGGAUUUUUCCCUUCAUCUCGACAGCCGAAGUCAGCAAUACGUCAUGGUGUUCGCUGUUUCACCAGAAACGGCUAACGCAACUUUCAUUUCUAUUGCCAAGAAUCUUUCUAUUUGUUCAACGGAAUGUAUCGCCAAGGACACAACUACUCCGAAAGAGUUUCCCUCCUGCUUGUUUCCGACUUUUCUUGAGAAAAAUCAGGCUCCUGUUGAGAAGAGAUCGGUAGAAUAUGUGUGGAAGUUAGCUUUGGAUGGUAUGUGCUACGUUGAUGCAAGAGUAGCAGUCGUUCAAGCAUUGCGAGAAUACCCAAAUAGUUCGAUACUAUUCAAAAAAGCUGUACAGAUAGAAAAUACACUUCCAUUCAAAGCUAAAUGGAUAGAGUUCGCUCUUCGUCAAAAAGAGCUUGACGAUCCUAUGGUUAUUGUGAAAGAAGCUCAAGAACUUUUUAGACCAAAGUAUUUGGAAUGCAUUUUGAAUUACGCUGUCACUCAAUUUCCGGCCAAUUUGGAUAUUGUCCACGAAUUGUGUCUUCUUGCCGAAUCAACAGGAGAGUUUCUCGAUUAUGUCGAUUUGCUGAAGACCGCUCUUGAUAAUAAUAAAAUGUCUGAGGAUCAAUUUAUUCAAUUGGUUUUGAAAUCGGAAAAAUGUGGCUCGAGUCUUGUUCGCAAGAAGUAUGUCGAUAAAUAUAUAUCCGUGACUCCAUUCACAACUGAAAACUUUGGAAAUUGGAUUUCAUUAAUUACCACUCUUCAUUCCAAUGGAUGUAAUAGUUCGUCGAAGGACAUUUGUAUGAAAGCAAUGAGAGAAUACAUAGGAUUCGAUGAGUUUGCAAAAAUUUUGAAAGAACAUUGGAUGUCGACAUGGCCGCAGGAUCAAAUUGUUUCCCACAUGGAACUAUUCCAGGAGCAUUAUCAAAGAGAACGUGAAACGGAUGGAGGCGAGCAGAAUUGAGAUGAUUUGUGAUUUGUAUACUUGUGGAUUUAACUUUUUAUUUAUUGAUUCCUAUUUGAAGAUUAUUGUAUGUAAGUAAGAAAUAUAGAUAUGAUUAUUGUGAUGGAUUUAUUGAUGUGUGAAAUAAAUGUGAGA